AUGCCUGCCAUUCUCAAUGAUCAACUGAGAGAUUGGUUCAAGGCCUCUAGGGGUCUUAGACAAGGGGAUCCUUUAUCCCCCUUCUUGUUCAUCUUACUUGUUGAUACCCUUGAUAGGUUGUUUUUUCAUGCUCAUGCAAGGGGGGUGAACAAAGGCUUUCAUGUGGGGAGGGAGGAAGAAGAGAUUUCGCAUCUCCAAUUUGCUAAUGAUACUCUUCUACUCCUUGAGAACAGUUUAGUAAAGUUCAAGAAAGCUAUUCUAUUGCUCAAAAUCUUUGAGAAGAUCUUGGGUUUAAAGAUCAAUUUGUCCAAGAGUGGUAUAGCUGGAAUUAACAUGGGCGGGAGGACUCUUCAUAUUUCAAAUUGA